AAUCAUAACAUCUUUCCGUGAAUCAACUUCCUGUGAAAAGUUGGAUGGUAACACCCCAAGGAAAGAAAGUUUUAGAAUACAAUUUUUGGGGUGAUUUUCUGAUAGUUUAAAAAUGAUUUUACUGGAAAUCAACAACAGAAUUGUAGAAGAAACACUGACAUUAAAAUUCCAGAAUGCAGUAGCGGGCAAUAAACCAGAUAAUGUUGACAUAACAGUUGCAGAUUUUGAUGGUGUUCUGUAUCAUAUCUCUAAUCCAAAUGAUGACAGAGGUAAAAUAAGGGUCAGCAUAUCCUUGAAGUUUUACAAAGAUCUUCAGGGGCAUGGAGCAGAUGAGCUCAUCAAAAGAAUAUAUGGAGACUAUUUAGCCACCCCAGAAGAGGGUUAUAACGUGUCAGUGGUGUUUGACCUUGAAAAAGUGCCAAAAGAUUGGGAUGACUGGGUCACAAAGGUCGGCUUACUCAAGCGGAACUGUUUUGCUUCAGUGUUUGAGAAGUACUUUCAGUUUCAGGAAGAGGGUGCCACUGGUAAUAAAAGGGCAGUAAUCCAGUACAGAGAUGAUGAGACAAUGUACGUAGAUGCUCAGAAGGACCGAGUGACCGUUAUUUUUAGCACAAUAUUUAGGGAUGAUGACGAUGUGGUAAUAGGAAAAGUUUUUAUGCAGGAGUUUAAGGAGGGGCGUAGAAAGUUCCAGCAGGCCCCCCAGGUCCUGUUCUCUCACACCCUCAUAAACAACAUAGGUUACAUUACAUUUGUAUUAUUUCCUCGGCACACUAGCAAGGCUGCUCGAGAGAACACCAUUAACCUCAUACAUACACUCCGGGACUAUCUUCACUACCACAUCAAGUGUUCUAAGGCAUACAUCCAUUCCCGUAUGAGAUCCAAAACCUCAGAAUUCUUAAAAGUACUGAACAGAGCACGGCCAGAAGUCAAAAGCAAAGAGAAGAAGACAAUAAGUGGGAAAACAUUCCAACAGCAGUGAUACAGUUGAAGGAAAGAACAUUAAUCUAGAAAUUUUAAAGGAAUUAAUGAGUAUUCGUAUAUCAAGUCAGGAGACUGCUGCAGGAAAGGAAAAAAAAUUCCACUAUAGUGCAAAUAUUCUGUCUCAAGAGAGCUACUUUUGGAGGCAAAACCAAAAACCUGACUUUUUUUUUUUACUUUUGUUUCUAUUUAGGGUAUGAAAAUUAAUUAAUAAAUUUUUAAUUGAACAAUUUAAUUAUUUUUUUUACACUAAAUACAACUAGUCGAUAUCAGUUUCUUUAGAUUUUUGAACAAAAAAUUUUUUGUGAACAUUCUUAAAAUAAUCAUGUUGAAAUAAUUGUGUGCAACAUGUACUGGAUGUACAUGUAUGUUAAUAAAUACAUAUUGAAUAUGUGAUACAAUCCAGAUUUUCUGCAACAUGAUAUUAUAAAAUGUAAGAACUAUUGUUUGUGAAGGAAAACAGUUGACCGCUGAGCUUCCUUGACAGAAGAGCCAAUAUGUCGGUAUACUUUAUUUCCUAUUUAACGUAUUUAAGUGAUGUGUGUGAGACUGUGAGAUGAUGCAAUCAUAUUGACAUAUUAUAAAAAACUGUAUUGAGAGGUAUAUAUAAAUGAAAUACGUAUAUGAACAAUUUACAUAAUUAAAAUUGUUAAUAAAUUUUUUUAAAUAACAA